AUGUGUAGUGUUCAAGAAACUUCGUUAGAUCUCAAUGUUAAUAUCAAGCCAGCUACAAAGGAUUGUAUUAAAUGUAAAACAACAAAAGCAACUGUACUAAUUCGACAUUCUACAUAUUGCAAAAAAUGUUUCCAGCAUGUAUUUGUUGGUAAAUUCCGAAAGAAUGUGGAAAAAUCUCGUAUAUCUUCUAAUUCUACCAAACUUAAUGGUUGUGGAGAGAAAGUAAUGAUUGGAUUUUCAGGCGGGCCAACGAUGUUACAAUUAAUAAAUGAAUAUAACGAAACUCACCCACAUGAAACGUCAAAAAAAUGUGCAUAUUCAGAAAUUAUUGUUUGUCAUAUUGAUGAAAGUGUAUUGUUUAAUUACGACAGUACAAGUAGUACAUUUUCACAGGAAAGCACAAUCUUACAAGUAGAAAAGAUUGUACAAAAGUAUAAUUAUCCAUUCAUAGGAUUAUAUCUACAAGAUAUAUUUAAUCCUGAUGUUACUAAAAGUGGAUGUUAUAGCAAUGUUCUUGAGUUGGCGGUUGAUGACGCCAAAAUUUUGAAUCUAGAAGAAGGUUCUGUUGUUGCUCCUACUGAGAAAUUAUUACACUUGUUAAAUAAUGUUUCAAAAUCAACUGCAAAAGAAGAUUUUGUAUGGUAUUUGAAGUUGUGCUAUUUAAUUUUUACUGCAAGGAAAAAUGGAUGUAAACGGUUGUUUUUGGGAGAUUGUUCAUCGAGAUUAUCGAUAAAAAUAAUUUCACAGACGAGUAAAGGACGUGGUUUCAGUUUACCUUUAGAAACCUCCGGUGAAAUUGAUUGGUUUGAAG